AUGCUUCGCCGGUUAGCAUGCGGUGCUACUCCUAUAGGAAGUAACACAGCUGCUGCCUCUGCUGCUGUGUCGGGGGUAAUUUUGGCGUCCUGUACUAUGAGGUUGUAUCGCAUCAUUCCACAUGUGUACAAUGAAAUAGAAGAACUGGCAGAGACACAGGAAGCAGGCCGCUGGCAAAUUUCGCAUCGGAACUGCUUACAACAACCUUUGAAGAAGGCGGAGAUUAUGUGCGACAAGUUAAAUCUUCGUGAAAGGCGACGCACGGGCAAACUACCGGAAAAGUCUGUGACACGUCGCUUGAGUCAAACAUACGCUGUGGAUGGGAAAGAAUACGAAAGCAAGUACAAGACAAAGAUUAUUAACAUCACCGUCGUUGGUUUUGAUGGACAUCCAUACCACUUUCGCACAUACCCGAUGCCGGAUGUCACACUCAACACAUUAAUUGACGGAUCCGGUAUGUGCCACGGAUACGCGCAUUACUGGGGAAAAUGUAACAAUCCCGACUGCGCAGACUGGAAUCAUGGCGAUGGGUGUCUUGUAAAUGUGGAUAUUGAAACUCUCGACCGCCUCCUUCCACCCAACCGGUGGGAGUACACUUCGUUAACUAACUGGCGUUCGAUGGAUCGCGCUGACAUUACAUACAACACCCGCUUCAGCUGUCAGAUCCCCGUCACUGAGGAACUGGAUGGUGGUCUUUUCGCUUUAAAACAGUACUGGUCUCGGGCAUUACGGGAGUCCGUCUCGGACUGGGGGCUCGUAGACGACAUGGCGACGAUUCAUAGCGCCCGUAGUAGGAAAAUUGAACCGUGGGCCCCACCCAUCGAGGAGCCAACGAAAAUAGACUUCCCCAUCACUUUGGAUAUGUUGUGGGCGCAGAGUUACCAGGACAUUCUCAAGGCCAAGUACCCUGAUAGGAGGCGAAAGGAUGGUUACCACACCAAACCUGAGAUGUGGGCGGCGUAUGUGUAA